AUUUAUGUUUCCUCUGUCUCAUUUUUUUCCCUUUCACCUAGAUCAAAAGGUUAAUAUUUGGGUUGUCUACUUUCUUAGCGAUUAAUGUCAAUAUUACAGUGUUAUAUUUGUUAAAAAAAUAUUGGUGAGCUCCCUUUGACUAUACCCUCCACAGUCCCCUUUUCACGCAGUCUUUCUGAAUCCGAAGCUGCUUAUAGUUAUUUCUUGUCGAAUGGGUAACGAAGCCCUUCAAAUGAGUCUCCCGCUAGUGCUCUUGACGAUCCUUACAUUCUCAGCUCUUUCAGCAACAGCUUCAGCGAGCGAUCGCAGCUACAAUGUAGGAGAUCAUGUUCCCUUGUUCGUCAACAAAGUUGGCCCCUUGAACAACCCCAGUGAGACCUAUCAAUACUAUGAUUUGCCAUUCUGCUGCCCAGAUCCAGUAAUCCAAAAGAAAGAAUCCAUUGGGGAAGUUUUGAAUGGUGAUCGUUUGGCCAACACCUUAUAUCAGUUGAAUUUCAGGCAGGACAAAAAUGGGGAGAGCUUGUGCCAGAAAAAGCUUAAAGUUGCUGAAGUUGCGAAAUUUAGGGAUGCUAUUGUUAAUGAUUUUUACUUCCAGAUGUAUUAUGAUGAUCUUCCAGUGUGGGGGUUCAUUGGGAAAGUUGAAGAUGAGAGUUGGACUAUUAGUGACAAGGGGACCAAGUAUUAUCUAUUCAAACAUGUGCUGUUUGAUGUUUUUUACAAUGGGAACCAAAUAAUAGAAAUACGUGCUUUUAGUGAUCCAAAUCAUGUUGCUGAUGUAACAGAAGAUGUUGAUAGUGACGUUGAGUUCACUUAUUCGGUUAAAUGGAAUGCAACAUCUAUUCAGUUCCAGAACAGGAUGGACAGAUACUCAAAGGCCUCAUUACUGCCAGUCCGCCUGAAAAUUCAUUGGUUCUCAUUUAUUAACUCCAUUGUCAUCAUUGUGCUUUUGAUGGGAUUGCUUACCUUGCUAAUAAUGCGACGCCUCAAGAAUGACCUGAGAAAGUGCUCUAAUGAUGAAGAAGAAGACAAGGAGGUUGGUUGGAAAUACAUUCACGGUGAUGUUUUCAGAUAUCCAUCCAACAUGCCCCUGUUUUGUGCUGUCUUGGGUGUGGGUACCCAACUGCUCAUCAUGGUCUGCAUCUUAUUUUUUCUGGCAUUUUUUGGAGUCCUCUAUCCCUACAAUCGUGGAGCUCUGUUCACUUCUCUUGUCUUUAUAUGUACUCUUACCUCAAUUGUCGCUGGAUACACUGCUGCUGCUUUCCACACUCAAUUUUCUGUGAUUGGAUGGGAGAGGAGUGUUCUUCUAACAGCGAUUCUCUACCUGGGCCCAUUGUUUGUGACAUCGUCUAUCCUUAAUACAGUUGCUAUAUCUUAUGGGGCAACAGCUGCAAUACCUUUUGGCACCCUCCUAGCAAUUCUUCUUAUAUAUGCAUUUCUUGCCAUUCCAUUGCUUGCCUUGGGUGGGGUGAUUGGAUAUUGUUUAAGGUCUGAAUUUCAAGCACCUUGUGCUACAAAGCAAUUUCCAAGAGAGAUCCAACGAUUAGCUUGGUACAGGAGAACACAUUGUCAAAUGUUUAUCGGUGGUCUAUUGCCGUUUAGUGCAAUUGCCCUUCAGUUACACCACCUGUAUGCAAGCAUGUGGGGCUAUAAAAUUUACACUCUACCUGGAAUUUUGUUUCUUACGUUCAUCAUCCUCAUCAUAAUGACUUCAAUCUUGACUGUCGGUUUGACAUACAUUCAGCUUUCUGUUGAAGACCAUGAAUGGUGGUGGAGGUCAGUGUUGUCUGGGGGUUCAACGGCUAUUUUUAUGUUUGCCUAUAGCAUUUACUUCUAUGCCAGAUCAAACAUGACGGGUUUCAUGCAACUAUCCUUCUUUAUUGGCUAUAAUGCUUGCAUGUGUUAUGCGUUCUUCUUAAUGCUUGGUGCCAUUAGUUUCCGUGUUUCCUUGAUAUUUGUUCGCCAUAUAUACGGUGCUGUUAAAAGUGAAUGAACAAAUUCGGCCUUAAUGCCCAAUCUGCUUCUCAUUGCCUCACUCUUGCUCAGGAAAUGCAUGUGUAGUGAAUUAGAUUUGUAACAUCCAUGAUUGAAGAAAUCGAAACCACGAUAUAGAAGUUGGAAACUGUGUUUCUCAAUGUAUUCUUUUGUAAUGCAGUUUUUAGAUGCUGACAAGUUGGCUUGAGUCCUGUUGUUGGCCUGUUGUUUUUGAAUUAUUAUGCAGCAUGCCUUAA